UGAUGCACCGCUCUCCAUGCCCCGAAAGAGCAAGUACCAUCUUCCCCAAGCAAACACGCGUAAACCCAGUCCACCACCAAACCACGGCCCCUCCGCUCCUGGAGACGACACCCGUGACGGUGACGCGCAGCAGCUCCAGUUCCCCCGAGUCCGCAACUCUGCAUCCACAAACUAACCACCGCCGUUCUCCCCACCACCACCAGCCGCUUCGCUGAAUCCCAAUCCUGCACCGCGCCAACAACCGCCAGCCCCGCCUCCCAGAUCUGGCGCCUGUCCCGGCCUACGUGUUGGCGCUCGGUUCGGUGCCUUCCUGAUCCGACAUCGUGCUGAAGAAGAUGCCAAGCUCGGCCUCAAAUCUGGGAGAUUUCGUCGGGUUCUCCCAGCAGUAGCAGCAGUAGUAGUCGCGAGUUGCGCGCCGGCUGGCUGGCCACGAUGCAGGCGCGGGUGGCGUCCAUGGAGGACAUGAAGGAGGCGAGGCAGGCGGCGCUGGGGCAGGGCAGGGUGUUCCCGACGGGGAUGCUCAAGGUGUUCCUCGGCUUCCUGCUGCUCGGCGUCGGCCUCUCGGCGCUCGGCAUGUACAUGGCGCGGCACACGCUGGCGGCGGCCGCCCCCGCGCUCUUCCGCCCGUGCCUGGGGGGCGCGGCCUCCGGCGGCGCCGACGAGGAGCUAGAGGUGCUGGGGCGGUGGACGCGGCCCCCCGCGCGCGCGCGGCACGCGAUGACGGACGAGGAGCUGCUGUGGCGCGCUUCCUUCGCGCCGCGGGUGCGCCCGUACCCGUUCGCCCGCGUGCCCAAGGUGGCGUUCAUGUUCCUCACGCGCGGCCCGCUGCCGCUCGCACCGCUAUGGGAGCGCUUCUUCCGGGGUCACGAGGGCCGCUACUCCAUCUACGUCCACGCCCUGCCCUCCUACCGCGCCAACUUCACUUCUGACUCCGUUUUCUACCACCGGCAAAUCGCCAGUAAGGUUGCAGAAUGGGGUCAGAUGACAAUGUGUGAUGCUGAGAGACGCUUACUGGCAAAUGCUCUGCUGGACAUAUCCAAUGAGUGGUUUGUGCUUGUGUCUGAGUCAUGUAUUCCCAUAUUUGAUUUCAACACCACGUAUGAAUACUUCCAGAAUUCAAGCCAAAGCUUUGUCAUGGUGUUUGAUGAUCCCGGACCAUAUGGACGGGGCCGGUAUAAUGAUAACAUGACCCCUGAGGUUGAGAUCACACAAUGGCGCAAAGGCUCACAGUGGUUUGAAGUAGACAGAGAACUUGCCAUUGAGAUCGUCAAGGACACACGCUACUACCCAAAAUUCAAGGAGUUCUGCAGGCCUCACUGUUAUGUUGAUGAACACUAUUUCCCUACAAUGCUGACUAUUGAAGCUCCGCAAAGUCUUGCUAACAGAAGUGUCACUUGGGUGGAUUGGUCGAGAGGCGGUGCACAUCCAGCCACGUUUGGUAGGGGAGAUAUCACAGAGGAAUUCUUGAGAAGAGUACAAUCUAAACAUACUUGUUUAUACAAUAAUCAGAAUUCGACGAUGUGCUUUCUGUUUGCUCGGAAGUUUGCUCCAAGUGCGUUGGAACCAUUGUUAGUGUUGGCACCCACUGUGCUCGGUUAUGGUUGAUGUUUAACAUGGGGCCCUGUAAGUUUUGAUAUAUUAGAUCAUGGUAGGAUUACAUCUGUAGAGAAAUGGGCUUAUUUUGAUCGAUGGAAAACCUGUACUCUGCCCACCUCUCACUGGAUCAUUAUACACAAAACUGUAUGAUUAUUUUGUACAGUAACCUGACAGUGGAACACGAGAGCUGUUUCUCUUGGACCAUUGCGCAGUAUAUUUUUUGUUAAUCAGAAAUGUUGAGAUAAAAGUCGGAGGGAAACCCUUCCUAUAUACUCCUAUGGAAGAACGUAAUAGUAUCAAACGGUCUGUCCUGUGACUGGUCCAAAACCCAUGCAGUACUGCAGUUGGUCAGACUUGACCCUGUCUACUUCAUCCAUAUAUAAAAACCUGUGGCCGUAAUCCCUUUCAGAACUUAUAUGUAGGAAUCAAGAGACCACACUGGAGAAGAAACUAGUGGUCAUCUCAUUCUCACCCUAUGGCUCACCCUCUAGGUAAACCGAUGGACACAAUCAGAAGGCCGGUCACAGCAGCUUCAUCGUUUCAUCAAUCAGCAACAAAGCAUCUCCAGCCACUGGUCACCUUGGCCCAGAGGAAUGGAGUUAGCAGGCGGUGCCUCCUCACUCUGCUGGCGUCCGCUGCAGCAAUACCUGAGGCCAGUGAAUCAAGGAAGGCCCUGUUGCAAGAUCAAUAAUUCUGCCUCUCAUAUGUAGAGUACGUGAAGAAAUCGAAGGAAAACAAAGAAAAGAAUGACAAGGAGAGGAUGGAUGACAACUACAAGAGGAAUUACAAGGAUUAUUUCGGUUUUAUGGAAGGCCCUGUUAGAGAGAAGAAAGCCGAGGACCUCACGGAGUCGGAGAAAGGAAUUCUGGCGUGGCUUGACAGAAACAAAUAGCUAUUGACGAGAGCAACACAACCAAGCCAGAGAGCUGAAACAGCUUCUGUCUCACAGUCUCAGGGAGUUAGUAAGCUUUAGCAUGUCGCAGCUCACUUGCAUAAAUCUGGUGAAACUUGUCGGUUCCAUCAUUGUUACCUCAUAUGUGCAGUAGUACAACUAUUUGCUUCGUAUGAUCUGUACUGUAUGAGUCAUUUCACGAAAAUCCCAAAUCUUCGAGGUUUCAGAGCA